UAACAAGGCUGUGUUCAGCAGAAAUGGAUACAGGAGGAACAGCAUAGUUCAAAGACUAAGGGAGGCAUCUUCUCUCUUUUCCUGGGAUUUAAACGCGAUUUAGGAGGGCAGAUGCCCUACCUGAAAAGGCCAGACCUUAAAGACCCAGGCAGUGUCGUGGUCCAAGGCGUCUCAAAAGAGGUGGCCAGAUCUGCGUUUCUCAUCAGCGGACUCGCUCCGGCUUUGGCUAUUACGGAAUUGAUGCGCGUACACGUGGUGGGUCAUUAUGCUGCUGCACCUGUGUAGUGUGAAGAAUCUGUACCAGAACAGGUUUUUAGGCCUGGCCGCCAUGGCAUCUCCAUCUAGAAACUCCCAGAAUCGCCGCCGGUGUAAGGAGCCUCUCCGUCACAGCUACAACCCUGGCCAGUUCCACAGCAUGGCCAUUCGGAAUGGCCCCCAUGGUGCCGUCACCAUCCCGCGCUCCACCAGUGACACCGACCUGGUCACCUCAGACAGCCGCUCCACACUCAUGGUCAGCAGCUCGUACUACUCCAUAGGGCACUCACAGGACCUGGUGAUCCACUGGGACAUCAAGGAGGAAGUGGAUGCUGGAGACUGGAUUGGCAUGUAUCUCAUCGAUGAGGUCUUGUCAGAAAACUUUUUGGACUAUAAGAACCGUGGAGUCAAUGGUUCUCAUCGGGGCCAGAUCAUCUGGAAGAUUGAUGCUAGCUCUUACUUUGUGGAACCUGAAACUAAGAUCUGCUUCAAAUACUACCAUGGUGUGAGUGGAGCCCUGCGAGCCACCACGCCCAGUGUCACAGUCAAAAACUCUGCAGCUCCUAUUUUUAAAAGCAUUGGCUCUGAUGAGACUGUCCAAGGGCAAGGAAGUCGGAGGCUGAUCAGCUUUUCUCUCUCAGAUUUCCAGGCCAUGGGGUUGAAGAAAGGGAUGUUUUUCAACCCAGACCCUUACCUGAAGAUUUCCAUUCAGCCUGGAAAGCACAGCAUCUUCCCUGCCCUCCCACACCACGGACAGGAGAGGAGAUCCAAGAUCAUAGGCAACACCGUGAACCCCAUCUGGCAGGCCGAGCAAUUCAGCUUUGUGUCCUUGCCCACUGAUGUAUUGGAAAUUGAGGUGAAGGACAAGUUUGCUAAGAGCCGCCCCAUCAUCAAGCGCUUCUUGGGAAAGCUGUCGAUGCCCGUUCAAAGACUCCUGGAAAGACACGCCAUAGGGGAUAGGGUGGUCAGCUAUACACUUGGCCGCAGGCUUCCAACAGAUCAUGUGAGUGGACAGCUGCAAUUCCGAUUUGAGAUCACGUCCUCCAUCCACCCAGAUGACGAGGAGAUCUCCCUGAGCGCCGAUCCUGAGUCCGCGGAAAUUCGGGACAGCCCCAUGAACAGCCUGGUGGCCAGCAGCCGCGGGGAGCCUCCGGGCGAGGCACUGGAGCCCUCCGGGAGCUCGAAGCCCGAGCCGCCGAGCCAGGGCAGUGCGGGGGACGCUGCCGGGAGCGAGAGCCUGGAGCUUGCCGAGCCGGUUGAGGAAGCGGCAGGUACCACCGAGGCAGGAGACGACGGAGCGGGCUCUGUGGGACCUGACGGGGCUGGGGAGCUUCUGGGCCUGGGGCGCGAGGACGCCGAGCCCGCCCUGAGUGCGGAAGAAGUGGCCGAGCGGCUGGAGCUGGGUGGGGAGGCGCCCCCAGCGGGGCUGCUGGAGGACGGUGAAGCUCCGGGCGGCACCGGGGAGCCCGAGGCGGAGGAAGCGGCCACAGAGAGCCGGGCGGGGGGAGAGGAGAAGGAGCAGGUGGAGGAGGAGGAGGAGGAGGAGGAGGAGGGCGACGUGUCUGCCCUGGGGCAGGGGGAGGACAGGCUGCAGCUGCGGGCCUCGGUGAAGAGGAAAAGCAGGCCCUGCUCCUUGCCGGUGUCCGAGCUGGAGACGGUGAUCGCGUCGGCUUGCGGAGACCCCGAGACCCCGCGGACACACUACAUCCGCAUCCACACCCUGCUGCACAGCAUGCCCUCGGCGCAGGGCGGCGCGAGCGACGAAGGCCCGGAGGAGGAGGCCACCCUCCAGGACGCCUCGGAGAAGGACGGGCUUAGCGAGGCGGACACGCUAGCUGCCGCGCCCCCUCCCCUCGAAGAGGACGGGGAGGACCCCGAGGGGGCUACUCCGGGCACGGCGACCCCCGGCCACUCGGGCUUGACCAACGGCCUCGUCCCCGAUGGCGACAUGCUCCCCAGCACGGGCAGCGAGAGCGACUCGAGCCCCCGGCAGGGCGGGGACCACAGCUGCGAGGGCUGCGACACGCCGUGCUGCAGCCCCUCGUGCUACAGCUCCUCGUGCUACAGCAGCUCCUGCUACAGCCCCUCAUGCUACAGCGGCAGCAGGUUCGCCAGCCACACGCGCUUCUCCUCGGUGGACAGCGCCAAGGUCUCCGAGAGCACCGUCUUCUCGUCGCAGGACGACGACGACGACGACGACGAGAACAGUGCGUUCGAGUCCGUGCCGGACUCGGUGCAGAGCCCGGAGCUGGACCCGGAGUCGGCCAACGGUGCCGGGCCGUGGCACGACGAGCUGGCCACCCCCGCCGGGAGCGUGGCGAGAACCGUGGAAGGUCUGGAGUCCCCCGUGGCAGGGCCAAGCCAUCGGAGAGAAGGUGAAUGUCCUAUACUCCAUAAUUCCCAGCCAGUAAGCCAGCUUCCUUCCUUGAGACCUGAACAUCAUCACUACCCAACAAUCGAUGAGCCUCUUCCACCAAACUGGGAAGCUCGCAUUGACAGCCAUGGGCGGGUCUUUUACGUGGACCACGUGAACCGCACUACCACCUGGCAGUGUCCGACAUCAGCAGCUACCCCUGAUGGGAUGCGGAGGUCGGGGUCCAUCCAGCAGAUGGAGCAACUCAACAGGCGGUAUCAAAAUAUUCAGCGAACCAUUGCAACAGAGAGGCCUGAAGAAGAUUCUGGCAGCCAAAGUGGUGAGCAGAUCCUGGCAGGAGGAAGCGGAGGAGGUGGUGGGAGCGACUCAGAGGCUGAAUCUUCUCAGUCGAGCUUAGAUCUGAGGAGAGAAGGGUCACUUUCUCCGGUGAAUUCACAAAAAAUCACCUUGUUGCUGCAGUCCCCAGCGGUGAAGUUCAUCACCAACCCUGAGUUCUUCACUGUACUACACGCCAAUUAUGGUGCCUACCGAGUCUUCACCAGUAGCACCUGCUUAAAGCACAUGAUUCUGAAAGUCCGGCGGGACGCACGCAAUUUCGAGCGCUACCAGCACAACCGGGACUUGGUGAAUUUCAUCAACAUGUUUGCAGACACGAGGCUGGAAUUGCCCCGGGGCUGGGAGAUCAAAACAGACCAGCAGGGAAAGUCUUUUUUCGUGGACCACAACAGUCGAGCUACCACUUUCAUUGACCCCCGAAUCCCUCUUCAGAACGGUCGUCUUCCCAACCACCUCACACAUCGACAGCACCUCCAGAGGCUCCGGAGCUACAGUGCUGGAGAGGCUUCAGAAGUCUCUAGAAACAGAGGAGCCUCUUUACUGGCCAGGCCAGGACACAGCCUAGUAGCUGCUAUUCGAAGCCAACAUCAACAUGAGUCAUUGCCGCUAGCAUAUAAUGACAAGAUUGUGGCAUUUCUUCGCCAACCAAACAUUUUUGAAAUGCUGCAAGAGCGUCAGCCAAGCCUGGCGAGAAACCACGCACUCAGGGAGAAAAUCCAUUACAUUCGGACUGAGGGUAAUCAUGGGCUUGAAAAGUUGUCCUGUGAUGCAGAUCUAGUCAUUUUGCUGAGUCUCUUUGAAGAAGAGAUUAUGUCCUACGUCCCACUGCAGGCUGCCUUCCACCCUGGGUACAGCUUCUCUCCCCGUUGUUCACCCUGUUCCUCACCUCAGAACUCCCCAGGCUUACAGAGAGCCAGUGCAAGAGCCCCUUCACCCUACCGGAGAGACUUUGAGGCCAAGCUCCGCAAUUUCUACCGAAAACUGGAAGCCAAAGGAUUUGGUCAGGGUCCAGGGAAAAUUAAGCUCAUCAUUCGUCGGGACCAUCUGUUGGAGGGAACCUUCAAUCAGGUGAUGGCCUAUUCCCGGAAGGAGCUUCAGCGAAACAAGCUCUACGUCACCUUUGUUGGAGAGGAGGGCCUGGACUACAGUGGUCCUUCGAGAGAGUUCUUCUUCCUUUUGUCUCAGGAGCUAUUCAACCCUUACUACGGACUCUUUGAGUACUCUGCAAAUGAUACCUACACAGUGCAGAUCAGCCCCAUGUCAGCAUUUGUGGAAAACCAUCUUGAAUGGUUCAGGUUUAGUGGGCGUAUCCUAGGCCUGGCUUUGAUCCAUCAGUACCUUCUUGACGCCUUCUUCACAAGGCCCUUCUAUAAGGCCCUCCUGAGACUGCCCUGUGAUUUGAGUGACCUGGAAUAUUUGGAUGAGGAGUUCCACCAGAGUUUGCAAUGGAUGAAGGACAACAAUAUCACAGAUAUCCUAGACCUCACUUUCACUGUUAACGAAGAAGUUUUUGGACAGGUAACGGAAAGGGAAUUAAAGUCUGGAGGAGCCAACACCCAGGUGACUGAGAAGAACAAGAAGGAAUACAUCGAGAGGAUGGUGAAGUGGCGGGUAGAACGCGGUGUGGUACAGCAGACUGAGGCCCUGGUUCGGGGCUUCUAUGAGGUCGUAGACUCGAGGCUUGUCUCCGUGUUCGACGCCAGGGAGCUGGAGCUGGUGAUAGCUGGCACGGCGGAAAUCGACCUCAACGACUGGCGCAAUAACACGGAGUACCGGGGAGGUUAUCACGACGGGCAUCUCGUGAUCCGCUGGUUCUGGGCCGCCGUGGAGCGCUUCAAUAAUGAGCAGAGACUGAGAUUACUUCAGUUCGUCACGGGAACAUCAAGCGUGCCCUAUGAAGGUUUUGCAGCCCUCCGAGGAAGCAAUGGGCUUCGGCGUUUCUGCAUAGAGAAGUGGGGGAAGAUUACGUCUCUCCCCAGGGCACACACAUGCUUCAACCGAUUGGAUCUUCCACCUUAUCCCUCAUACUCCAUGUUGUAUGAGAAGCUGCUAACAGCAGUAGAAGAAACCAGCACCUUUGGACUUGAAUGA